UUACUGAAAAGUGAAAAACCCCACCGCAUUCGUAAUCCAAUACAUAGGUUGUUUGAUUAAUGAAGACGAUUCACGAAAGUCAACGGUCUUGUUCCUUCACGACACCAAUAAAUAUAAAUCCAACACCUAAUUCCCAGUCCACACUCCAACUACAAACACAACAACAAACAACAACAAGAAAACACAAAGAAAAACAUAACAACAGCAUGAAAGAAAUGAAACUGGUAUGGUCCCCAGAGAGAGCAACUAACUCAUACAUCGACACAGUUCAAGCUGUAAGCACCACUCAGUGCCACCUUUCCAGCGAAUCCGGCGUGGCGGAGCUGCUAUCCGCUAUGGCGGCGGGGUGGAACGCGCAGCUGAUAGUUGAAACAUGGUCACGUGGCGGAGUUAUUCCAUCCAGUCUUGGUUUAGCUAUAGCGAGCCGUCACACAGGUGGAAGACACGUGUGUAUAGUUCCUGAUGAGCGGUCGAGAUUAGAGUAUGCAAAAAGCAUGGGAGAAGCGGGUAUGUCGCCGGAGAUUAUGGUCGGGGAACCGGAGGAAGUGAUGGAUGGUUUAAUCGGAAUAGAUUUUUUGGUUGUUGAUUCUCGGAGGAAGGAUUUUCCGAGAGUGUUGAGGUUAGCGAAGUUGAGUAAUAAAGGUGCUGUGUUGAUAUGUAAGAAUGCCAAUUUUAUUUCUAACAUGGAUUCGAGUUAUAUAUGGCGGAGCGUGGUGGCGAGGGGAUUGAGACGGCUGGUUCGUUCGGUGUUUCUUCCGGUGGGGAAGGGAAUACAUAUGGCACACUUCUCGGCUGCCGGUGGUGGCGGUGAGAACUCUGUAUCUGGGGGAAAGCACAACCGGUGGAUCAAACAUGUUGAUCAACGAUCAGGGGAUGUUCACUUUAUUAGAAAAUAAAUAAUGUAUAUAUCGAUCUCAUGUUCAAUUUUUCCCUUUUUCGUAAAUAUUGUUGAUAUGAAAAUGGCUAUACUCUAGUCGAUAUAGUAUAUGAUUUGAUCUGUGGUACAAAAUUGUUUUAUUUAUUCAAUUGAACCAUUGGUAGGUUUUUGAGUUCUAA